AUGUCAUACGCCCCACCUUACGGCGACCCUUACGCCCGUCCUCCUUCAGAUCGUCCUCCUUACGAUCGUCCUCCAUAUGGUGACCCCUAUGGCCGCCCUCCUGCGGACCCAUAUGCUCGACCUCCCUCAGACCGUCCCUAUGAGCAGCCUCCAUAUGAUGGCGGCCGCCCAGCAUACGACCGCGGCCCUUACAGUGCACCCCCUCCUCAGGCUCGACCCCCCACCGGGGCCCCCCACCUCCUCUGCCCCAGGGAAUGGGAACCCAGUGCGCGCCGUGCUUUCUGGGUAGAGCAGGCCACUGGUCGUGCCCAAUGGGAGCAGCCUCCCUACCAGCCCGCCUAUGCUGGCUACGAUGAUGGCUCUCGCAGCGUUCCUCCUCCUGGUCCUCCCCAGGGCGGCUACUAUGCGCCUCCCCCCGGACCCCCUCCCGUGCCUUACGACAACCGCCCCGACUACUACCAAUCGCAGGAGCAGGCUCCUGAGAAGAAGAGCAGCAAUGCUGGAAAGUACCUCGCCGCUGGUGCUGCUGGUCUAGCUGUCGGUGGUCUUGCUGGUGCAUUCAUUGAACACGAGCGCGAUGAGGACUCUGAGAAGUCAGACCUCGAAGAGGCAUAUGAAGAUGGUCGUCGCGAUGAGGCCUACGAGGAUGACGGUGGUGGUGGCUUCUUUGACUAA